AUGAGCUAUAGCACGGAGUCGGCGGCGCUGGCCGCCUCCUAUCGCCACCUAUACGCGGAGGGCCCGCGGCGCUCCGAGGGGUCGGUGGGCCUGCGGGCGCGCCCGGGCGCGGAGCUGGGGCUGGGGUGGGAGCGCAGCGCCGAGCCACAGCGAGCACGGGCCAGCGAGAAGGAGCAGCUGCAGGGCCUGAACGAGCGCUUCGCCGGCUACAUCGACCGGGUGCGGGCGCUGGAGGAGCGGAAUCGGGCGCUGGCGACAGAGCUGUCGGCGCUGCGGCAGCGGUCGGCGGAGCCGCGCCGGCUGGGCCAGCUGCUGGGCGGGGAGCUGCGCGCCCUGCGCGCCCGGCUUGAGGAGGCGCACGGGGAGCGGGCGCAGGCUGCCUUGGAGCGGGCGCGCCUGGCCGAGGAGACGCAGCGGCUGCGGGCGCGCUGCGAGGAGGAGGCGCGGGGCCGCGUCGAGGCGGAGCAGGCGCUGCGCUCCCGGCAGCAAGCGGCCGAGGCGGCUGCCCGGGCACGCGCCGACCUGGAGCGGCGGGCGGCGGCUCUGCGGGAGGAGCUGGCGGCGAUGCGCAGUGCUCACGCCGAGCAGCUAGCCCAGCUGGGCGCCGAGCUCCGCGCCGCUGCGCCCCCGGCGCCGGCAGCCGCCGGGCGGCCCGAUUUGGCGGCGGCGCUGCGGGAGCUGAGGGCCCAGUACGAGAAUCUGGCGGCCCGCAACCUGCAGGCGGCCGAAGACUGGUACCGCGCCCGCUGCGCCCGUCUCCACGAGCGGGCGACCCGCAGCCAGGAGGCCGUCCGCGCCAGUCGCCGGGAGGCCGGCGAGUGCCGCCGCCAGCUCCAGGCCCGUUUAGCGGAGAUGGAGAGUCUACGCGGUGCCCAUCAGUCUCUGGAGAGACAGUUGCAGGAGCUGGAGGAGAGGCACAACGCCGAGGCCGCCAGCCUGCAGGACACAAUUGGGCAGCUGGAGGAUGACCUGCGGAACACCAAAAAUGAGAUGGCUCGGCAUCUGAGGGAGUACCAAGACCUGCUUAAUGUCAAGAUGGCCCUUGAUAUUGAGAUAGCUGCCUACAGGAAGCUGCUGGAGGGAGAGGAGACCCUCUUCAACAUGGGAAGCACCAGCCUUUUGGAGCCCAAUCCUAUCUCCAACCCCACUUACUCCUUCCAGCCAAGAGGUUUUAGUUCCUCUGCUCUGUCCUUCAUGGAGGAAAAGCAAGGAGAGGUUAUUAAAGUGACCUCUAAAAUAUCACACAGCAGGGCUGAGAUGAUUGAGGGGACCGUAACUUCUGCCAAGAAAAGAGGGAGAUUAAACAUGCAUGAUGGAAUCAUUGCAAAUGCAAAAAUGUAA